AUGACCUGGAAAUUUCCGCCUAUCUACAAGAAAAUGGAUAUUAGAAAGUACUGUGGAUAUAAUAUCAUCGAUAGCAUCAAGACCAACUUCCAGAAUGCUUACGAACGCAACAAGGCCUGUGAAGGCAUUGAACUUAUUUACGGCCGCGCCUGUUUUGUUAAGCCUAAGAUAAUUAAGGUUCAGCAGGAGACUAGCAAUGUUACCUACAUUACUGCUCCUUCCAUUCUCAUCAUUAUCAGUAAGCAUCCUAAAAUCCCUUAA